UCCCGUUUUCACUUCCUAUAUCAACUAGGAAAGUGAAACCUUAGUUCUCUAUAAAAACAAAGCAAAGCCCUUUAAGUCCUUUCAUACAUUGAAAUUAUUCAAAGCUCUCUCAACUCCCCUUUCAAUAAUUAAUCUCAAAGUUUUUUCACCAUCAUGUCUUCAACAAAGCUCUUAACCCUAAAAACUAGCGAUGGUGAGGAAUUCAAACUCGACGAGGCCGUAGCCGUGAAGUCACAAGCCAUCAAGAACAUGGUUGAAGACGACUGCGUUUCAAACGCCAUUCCUCUGCCUAAUGUCGAUAGCAAAACAAUGACCAAAGUGAUCGAAUAUUGGAAGAAACACUCAGAGGAAGGCGUCUCGAAAGACCAGUUGAAUGAUUUUGACAAGGGUUUCUUGGAGGUGCACCACUCGGUGUUGUACGAUCUUCUCUUAGCCGCUAAUUAUCUUAAUGAUAAGGAGCUUGUAGAUGUAAUAUGCCAAGAAGUUGCUGAUAGGAUUAAAGGGAAAACACCAGAGGAAAUUCGUAAAGAAUUUGAUAUCAAGAAUGAUUUUACACCAGAGGAAGAGGAGAAAAUCCGCCAAGAGAAUGCUUGGGCUUUUGAUUGAUUUUAUAUUAGUGUUUCCUUUUUUUAUUCUUCUACUUUUAUGCUUAGAAUUAAAGCUGUCUAGCUAUAUCCUAUGUUUGUGUUCUUUCUCACUCUCUCUCCUUUUUGUUUUUUGGCUUUGAGUUCUUGAUGAUUUUAUAACAAUGUUUCCUGUU